AACCCAUUGCUCCCAUGUCCUUGAAUACCUCUCUCUACACUGUCAAGGCGGUUGUCAUACUAGACAACGAGGCCAAAAGACUCUAUGCCAAGUACUUUAAACCCCCACACAGCGCCGAGGAUGCCACCGCAUCGCCGUUCCAGACCCUCAAGUCGCAACAGAGCUUCGAGACGGCGUUAUUCAAGAAAACACACAAGAUCAACUCCGACAUCAUAUUGUUUGACAACCACAUUGUGCUCUACAAGGAGUUUGCGGACGUGGUUAUAUAUUUGGUGGGUGACUUGAACGAGAACGAGGUUCUUUUGAUGAGUUGCUUCAGCGGGCUUGUGGAGGCCUUCAACAUCUUGUUGAAGAACGCAUUAGACAAAAAGUCCAUCACCGAGAACUACGAUAUGGUUGUGUUGGCGAUCGACGAGACUAUCGACGAUGGCAUCAUCUUGGAAACAGAUUCAGCCGUCAUCGCCUCCAGAGUCACUGGCCCACCAUCGGCCGAUGCCAUUAAUUUGGCCAAGAUUGACUUGAGUGAGAAGGGCUUGUUUUCUGCCUUUAACUUUGCCAGGGCCAAGAUCGGCGAGAGAUUGCAACAAUUGUAGUUUUUUUCUUGUAAUCUUUCCUUGUAAUUGUUUCAUGUCAUUGUUUCAUGUCAUUGUUUUUAAUAUACAGCUACGUCUAUCUAGCGUAAAAGUGGUAAAAUCAGA